CAGCUCAGGGCCCAAUCAUUUUUAGCAAGAGCAGCGUACUAAUGCGUAUAGUAAGUCGUAUGGAGUGAAGUGUGAGGAGUUUCCCGCACUCUUCUCCCUUCUCUAUCGCUGCAGCUUUUUCAAGUCAAUCGACCGGACUUUGCUUAACGAUGGAUAAGGUAUCGGAACUGCCCCUGCCGGAGGAUUUCCUUGAUUUUGUUGAAGCGAACGGAUUGGACCCUUCGAUUUAUGCUGCCGGUGACUGUAUUCCUCGCUAUGUGAGGUUAAAUAAUGUAUAAAGUAUGUUUUGGGAAGAUUGAAGCUUGGUAGAGAAGCUCAUGUGGAAGAGAUUGAAGCUGAGAUUAAGUGUAAGCUUGAGAAAGUGGGUUGGUUGCCUGGAUUUUAUCCGCUUCCAACUGAUAUUCAGAUUGCUAAUACAAAAGCUUACAAGGAAGGAAAGGAGGAGUAGCAUAGGCAAUGGCUUUAUCAAGGUAGUAUUUUCAGAUGAUUUUCAGUUCAAUUUCUUCCUAAGCAGGAUUUAUGGUGGUCCUUGCUGCUGUUUUGGAGUCCUUUUCAAGCUGUUUUUGGGCCCUUUUCGUGUGGUUUUUCUUCUGGAGAGCUCUUUUGUGCUUCAUGUGUCUUGUUUGAAGGAAGGGCAAUAGGUUUUCCUUAAUCUCUUCAGCUGCAUUUCAUUCUCAAAUCACCUUCUCUAUAUUGGCAAUAUUCAUCGCCAUGGCGUUUCAGAUUGGUGGAUAGGCUUUUGUUUGGGACUGCUUUGUUCUCUUCUUUCCUUCCCACAAAAUUUCCUUUAUUGUACUCUAUCUUUUCAAGGGGCGAUGAGUUUGGUGGAUAGGCAUUGUUUGGAAAGGCUUUGCGCUCUUUUACCUUCAUUCAAUAUCUUUCAAGUGCAGUUUCACUUCUUCUCAAAUUUCUAUGGUUUCAGUUGAUGUUCUUCAAUCUUUAAAUGGCCUUUGUGGAAGUUCUUGGCAUAGCUUCAGUUUAGAUUACUCUCUUUGAUUCUUAUGGAGGGGGCGUAUAACAAAGACAUUUCACCUUGAUCCUGUGACAUCACAAACUAGUGGACUGUUUGUAGCAAAGUUCACCAAAUUGGCUUCAUAACCAAGGCUAAACCUCAAUCAACAACAAACUAAAAUGGUUUGUAUAUUUCAGAUUUAUCCCCUGGUUUAUAAUUCAGACCCCCUGGUUUAUAAUUCAGACCAGAGGCAGGAGGUAUCAUCGACAAGGUUACUUAAAAAUCUCAUUCAUUGGCUUCGAAGAUGAUCAUACUGGGAGUGUAAGAGUCCGAGUUUAGGUUCACCUUCAAAAGGUAAACUUGUAUGGGUUAUUCUCGAUUAUUCAAAAAAAAGGGAUGGACUUACCCUCGCAAGAAAAACAACAAUUCCAGAAAACAACUUUCAGAAAUUCGAACGCGAGUGCAGUUCUUGGCUAAUUGCAGGAGGGAUCAUGGAUGUCGUCCAAGUAUCAGACCAGAUACAUUGAACUUUUCCAUCAUCAGAGCACUAUUUGGGCACUACUACUCGUCGUUAGUGACCAAAUCCAUAUUGUUCCCAUGUGGAUUGAGUACGGAAACAAUAAUUGACGCUGGGCAAGCUGCUGCGGUGGAAUGCCAGCUGCUGCAGUGGAAUGCGGGGCAGAUGACCAUCGGAGACGAAAUCACCUCUCCUUUCAUUCAGAAGGAAGAAACCUACAAGGAAGGUAAGGAUGAUGUCUCCUGUUCGCGCGCAUCGGAGGAUGGUCCCGACGGCGGUGAGAAUUCUCCGAUCGAGCAAGUGGCUCUCACUGUCCCGACGACCGACGAUCCCUCUCUACCAACAUUCACGUUCCGCACAUGGACCUUGGGAAUCCUGGCCUGCGUUCUCCUUUCGUUCGUAAACCAGUUCUUCUUGUACCGCAGAGAACCUCUCACUGUCGCCGCGACCUGUGCACAGAUUGUGAUGGUUCCGAUAGGUCACCUCAUGGCCUCCAUGAUCACGAACAGAGUCUUCUUCAAGGGUCAAAAGUGGGAAUUCAGUCUCAAUCCAGGUCCUUUCAAUGUUAAAGAGCAUGUGCUCGCGACGAUCUUCGCGAACGCCGGCGCCGGGAGUGUGUACGCGAUUCACGUCGUCAGCACGGUCAAGGUAUUCUACAAGAAAGAAUUGACUUUCGUAGUCGCCUUGCUGGUCGUUUUAACGUCGCAGGUGCUGGGAUUCGGGUGGGCUGGCGUGUUCCGGCGGUACCUGGUGCAGCCCGCCGCCAUGUGGUGGCCUCAGAAUCUCGUCCAAGUAUCACUCUUCAGGGCAUUACAUGAGAAGGAGGAAAGGCCCAGGGGAGGAUUAAUGAGAAAUCAGUUCUUCCUCAUUGCUUUCAUUUGCAGCUUUGCUUAUUAUGUCUUUCCUGGCUACCUCUUUCCCAUGCUUAGUUCCCUAUCAUGGGUGUGCUGGGUAUUUCCUACUUCCGUCCUAGCCCAUCAGCUUGGCUCUGGGCUGCAUGGUCUUGGCAUUGGUGCUGUUGGACUCGAUUGGGCUAGCAUAUCUUCAUACCUUGACAGUCCACUAGCCAGCCCUUGGUUUGCAACUGCCAAUGUUGCUGCAGGAUUCAUCCUUAUUAUGUAUGUCAUCACUCCUGUUACGUAUUGGCUCAAUAUCUUUAAGGCCAAGACAUUUCCCAUAUUCUCAGAUGGACUAUUUACGUAUACUGGCCAAAGCUACAAUAUCUCAGCAGUUAUAGACCAAAAUUUUCGGCUCGACAUUGAUGCAUAUGAACAGGAGGGUCCUCUAUAUAUCAGCACCCUCUUUGCUAUGGUUUAUGGUCUUUGUUUUGCAGGCCUGACUGCUGUUGUUGUUCAUGUUCUGCUCUUCCAUGGGAGUGAUAUAUGGCAGCUGAGCAUAUCUGCCUUUGAAGAGAAGACAAUGGAUGUGCAUACAAAGUCUAUGAGGAAAUAUAAGCAAGUCCCUGAAUGGUGGUUCAUGUGCAUCCUUCUCCUGAAUAUUUUGGCUACCAUUUUUAUAUGUGAGUACUACAAUGACCAACUACAGUUGCCAUGGUGGGGAGUCUUGCUAGCUUGUGGUCUUGCCAUAUUUUUCACGCUUCCUAUGGGCAUCAUCAAGGCAACAACAAAUCAGACAACAGGCUUGAAUGUCAUCAGCGAGUAUAUCAUUGGCUACUUGUAUCCAGGAUAUCCUGUCGCUAACAUUUGCUUUAAGGUAUAUGGUUACAUCAGUAUGAAACAAGCGAUCACUUUCUUGCAAGACUUCAAGCUUGGGCACUACAUGAAGAUUCCUCCUAGAUCCAUGUUUACUGCACAGGUUGUCCCUCUUCUGACGCAUUCUCCUGUUAAUGUAGCAAGAACAUUUGUCAGUAAAAUGGUGUUUGGUACUGUCAUAGCAGCAUUCGUGCAUUUAGGAACGGCUUGGUGGCUCAUAGAAACCAUCCCAGAUAUAUGUGACCGUGCAUUGCUUCCAACAGGCAGCCCAUGGACUUGCCCCAGUGACCAUGUAUUCUACGAUGCCUCUGUAAUAUGGGGUUUGAUUGGUCCUCGCAAAAUUUUUGGAGAUCUUGGCUAUUAUUCCUCCAUCAAUUGGUUUUUCUUAGUCGGGGCUAUAGCUCCCGUCCUAGUUUGGAUUGCACAGAAGGCCUUUCCAAGCCAGCGUUGGAUUGGGCUUAUUAACAUGCCAGUGCUUCUAGGCGCUACACUAAACAUUCCACCAGCUACCUCUGUCAACUACACUAGUUGGGUUCUUACUGGAUUUGCCUCCGGCUUCAUUGCCUACAGGUAUUACCGUGACUGGUGGAGCCGCCAUAACUACGUGUUGUCUGCUGCACUGGAUGCUGGGUUAGCCUUCAUGGCAGUAUUAUUGUACUUGUGCUUGGACAUGGAGCAUGUUACACUCAACUGGUGGGGAAGUGAACCUGAUUGUUGUCCAUUGGCUUCCUGCCCGACUGCUCCUGGGGUUGCUGUUAAAGGCUGCCCAGUUUUCUGAAUGAAGUCAUUACUAAUUUGAGCCCAAGUGAUCUGUGAUAUUUGUUUCCAGCACUGUACAAAUACAGAGUAAUAAAUUUACCUUGUCUGUAAAUGAUUGUUUGAACAAAGUUCUGCUUCUCACCUCU